GGCUCCACCUGGGUUAGGGGUUUGAGGAAUGAGUAGAGUCUAGGCGAGCACGACGAAAGCAGACAUCCCGGCAAGUCUUUAGGCAGCAUGGGAGACACUUCAAGCUUGUGGAUUCGCUCAAGUCACUGUGCCAACUUCGGAGGCGUAGAGGUACUGCGACCAGAAGAGUUCUACAGGCCACAGGUGAGGGCUGUUGGAGGCAGGAGCUUGGUGACCUGUUGCUCUGCUCUUCAUGGAGGACAGAGGUCCAACAGUUUUUGCUGAGGACUGGAGAUGUUUGUCUGAAUGUCCUCCUGUCCAAGAAAGCCCAGCGGCCCAGGCUACCGUUGAGCCCAGCAAGCCACUCUCCAUAGCCCACAGACACCUGAGCAGGAAGAAUGGGCUUUCUAGACUCUGCCAGAGCCGAAUGGCACUCUCUGAGGACAGGUGGAGCUCUUACUGUCUUUCUUCAUUGGCCGCCCAAAACAUCUGCACAAGCAAACUGCACUGUGCUGCUGCACCUGAGUAUGCUGAUCCUACAGCGGGGCCACUGGGCAGUACAUCCUGCUGCUCCUUGCUGCGUGGUCUGGCUUCAGGGUGCUCUGGGCCCCUGCUCUCGACCCCUGUGUGCAACCCCAACAAGGCUGUCUUUACCGUGGAUGCCAAGACCACAGAGAUUCUGGUUGCCAACGACAAAGCCUGCAGCCUCCUAGGGUAUAGCAGUCAUGACCUGAUUGGCCAAAAGCUCGCCCAGUUCUUCCUCAAAUCCGAUUCUGAGGUGGUAGAAGCCCUCAGUGAGGAGCAUGUGGAGGCCGAUGGCCACGCUGCAGUGGUGUUCGGCACCGUGGUGGACAUUGUCAGCCGAAGUGGGGAGAAGAUUCCAGUCUCUGUGUGGAUAAAGAGGUUGCAGCAAGAUCGUGGCUUGUGCUGUGUAGUGGUUCUGGAGCCUGUGGAGAGGGUCUCAGCCUGGGUCGCCUUCCAGAGUGAUGGAACUAUCACAUCAUGCGACAGUCUCUUUGCUCAUCUCCAUGGGUUCACAUCUCCAAAGGAUGUAGUUGGGCAGUGUGUCAUAGACUUGAUUCCAUCCAUGCAGCUCCCUCCUCCUGGCCAACAUGUCCCAAAGAGUCUCAAGAUUCAAAGGUCUGUUGGGAGAGCCAGAGAUGGCACCACCUUCCCUCUCAGUUUGAAGCUGAAAUCAAACUUCAAGCCCAGUGGAAAGGCUGAAACUGACAGUGAGGUGGCCUCUGAACCAGGUUACCAGGCUUCUGUGUGGGUGUUCUGCACCAUCAGUGGCCUCAUCACGCUGCUGCCAGAUGGCACAAUUUAUGGAGUCAACCACAGCUUUGCACUAAUGCUGUUUGGUUAUGGAAAGACAGAGCUCCUGGGCAAGAACAUCACUUUCCUGAUUCCUGGUUUCUACCACUACAUGGACCUCGCAUAUGAUAAUUCAGUACAGCUGCCAGAUCUGGUCAGCUGCCUAGACAUUGGCAGCAAGAGUGGGCCUGGGGAGAUGAGCUCUGAUGCCCAACAGGACUGGGAACUGGCCAGUGGGGCCCAGGGUCCAAGAAUUGAUGUGGUGUUGGCACGGGGCCACAUGCCAUCACUAGAUGAGACCCUGAAGCUGGUGGGAGGACAAGUCUCCCCUAGGACUCAGACACGAUUGGAAACUGGAUGCAAGAUACUUCCUUCUUCUGCAUCUCAGCCCUCCCUGGGGGUGGACAGCAACCCAGAGGAUGGUGAGCAUUUGUUGCUCACAGACCAGCAAAGCAUUCCAAAGAGAAAUCUGCCAGCCCGUGGUGGACAGUUACUAUCUCAGAACCAACCAUACACCUCAGAAAUAAUCCUACCAGUCCUUAAAGAACAUUUAUUGUCUGAAAUUCAGGAAAAUAUCUCAGAAGAAAGCCCACUAACCCACAGGAAAUGGUUAUCCAAGGCCCAACAAAACACCACAAAAGGAAGCCUGCCAAUCCACGAUGAGCAGUUAUUGCUUGCAAGCCAGCAUAUCCAAGUCUUGGGAAAGGAGAAUCCUUCAGCAGCAGAGAGCUACAGGGAGGGUCUUUUAGAAGAAAGCAAGUCCAAACCAGUGGAUGCAAAACUGUUUGCUUCAUGUCAAGAUUCUGAGCCUCUAGUUUUAGUUAAGGACAGGAGCAGCAGUGUGGACAUGUGUAAUCUGCAACAGGAAGCUCAGUUGGAGCUGAUGGGUGUCAGCAGUCCCAGUAGUCCUAACCCCUGGGCUGAUGCCACUAUGCCUGAGCCUCAUACCACAGGGCAGAUAGCAGGUGGGAGCCUGACAUAUUGCCCACAGCACAGAAGCGAGUGGGUCUCACAGCAGCGAGGCCAGGACUCGGCUCCCAGUCCCUCUGGAAUGGCGUGUGUCUUACUUGGGACACCCACUCUGGAUGAACCAUGGCCAGGGGUGAGAAAUGACAGAGAAGAGCUGCAGACUUGCUUGAUUAAGGAACAGUUAUCCAAGUCAAGCUGUGGGGGAACUCUGGGCAUCUCCUGUGUGGAACUCAUCCCUGCAGAACAUCCUCCUUUCACUGCCCCUGUGUCUUUCUGUGAUCUGGGAGGCCGAGAUCUGCACGCUAGCCGCUCAGGCAGUUCCUCUGCCUGCUAUGCUUUGGCCACCGACCUCCCUGGUGUCCUAGAGGCAGUGGAAGCUCAGGAGGCUGAUGUGAAUUCUUAUUCCUGGAAUCUCAAGGAACUCUUUGUCAAGGACCAGACAGACAGAACUCCAUCACAUUGUUCCUGUACCACAUCUGAACUCAGUGAGACACCAUCUCUUUCUGUGGUGGGGUCAGAUUUAGAUGUGGGUAGUCUGCAUAGGCAGACUUCAGAUAUUUUAGUUGACCGAGAGAUGUUGCUCCUUACUGGGACCUAUUUUGACCUUGGCGAAGGCCAACGGUUCCAGGAGAUGGGAGCAGGACAUGAUCAAACAGAACUGUCUAACAUUUCUUUGGUAUCCUCUGAACACUAUGAAACUAGUGACAUAGAAAGCCCAGGUUGUGACCCUCCCUUACCAGAUCCUGGUCCCAACGAUAUGUGCCUAUCAGCAGAGAAGCCCAGCCUGAGUGCCCAGAUCACUUCCACUCCUGUGGCACAUGGGGCCACCAGCCUGCAGCAGGAGAUCCAAGAGGGCAUCUACUCUGGAAACUGCUACCACCGAGAUGGCUUACGACUGAGUAUACAGUUUGAAGUGAAGCGUGUGGAGCUCCAGGGCUCUGCGACCCUGUUCUGCUGCUGGCUGGUGAAGGACCUCUUCCAUAGCCACCGGGAUUCAGCCACCCGAACCCGCCUGUUCCUUGCCAGCCUGCCUAGCUCUACCCACUCCAUGCCUGAGCUGUCUGGAUCCAGCUUUGGAGAGGUGCUCAGAGCCAAGCCUUGGUUUGAGGAAUCCCCAAUACCUGCAGAGCUAGAGGGGCUGGCGGCCUGUGAGGGCGAGUACUCCCAUAAGUAUAGCACCAUCAGCCCGCUUGGCAGUGGGGCCUUUGGCUUUGUGUGGACUGCAGUGGAGAAGGAAUGCAACAAAGAGGUGGUGGUGAAGUUUAUUAAGAAGGAGAAGGUUUUAGAGGAUUGCUGGAUUGAGGAUCCCAAACUUGGAAGAGUUACUUUAGAGAUUGCAAUUCUGUCCAAGGUGGACCAUGCCAACAUAAUCAAGGUUCUGGAUAUAUUCGAAAACCAAGGGUUCUUCCAGCUAGUGAUGGAAAAGCACGGCUCUGGCUUAGACCUCUUUGCUUUCAUUGACCACCAUCCCUGCUUGGAUGAGCCUCUGGCAAGUUACAUCUUCCGACAACUGGUGUCUGCUGUAGGAUACCUGCGUUCCCAAGGCAUCAUCCAUAGAGACAUCAAGGAUGAGAAUAUUGUGAUUGCUGAGGACUUCACAAUUAAGCUGAUAGAUUUUGGCUCAGCUGCCUACUUAGAGAGGGGCAAACUAUUUUAUACCUUUUGUGGAACAAUCGAAUACUGUGCACCUGAGGUUCUCAUUGGAAAUCCCUACAGAGGGCCAGAGCUGGAGAUGUGGUCUCUGGGGGUCACCCUGUACACACUCAUCUUCGAGGAGAAUCCCUUCUGUGAGGUGGAGGAGACCAUGGAGGCAGUUAUUCAUCCCCCAUUCCUGGUUUCCCAAGAACUUAUGAGUCUUCUGUCUGGGCUGCUGCAGCCUUGCCCUGAGCAGCGGACCACUUUGGAGAAGCUGAUCAUGGACCCCUGGGUGACACAGCCUGUGAACCUUGCUAACUAUACUUGGGAAGAGGUGUGUAGGACCAACCAGCCAGAAAGUGGCCUACUGUCAGCUGCAAGUCUGGAGCUUGGGAGUAGGAGUCCAAGUGAGGUGGCUCAGACAGAGGGUCUCUGUGGGCCUCCUGCUCCCAGGGAGACUCGUGGUGACCAGCACUGCUUGCAUCUUGAGGACCCCUCUUUGCCAGUCAGCUGAGCAAGCUCUCCUGCUCUUUGGUUUGGGAAAUUGUAUGGAUUUCAGGGCUUCCAACCUGGAGAAAGGAAGUUGUGAAGAAUUGGGAUGACUUCUGCUUCUAGAUUCCUAUGCAAAUGCUACAAGAGCCUGCAGUAAUAUUUUUCUUAGGUUUAUGAUACAGACUUGUAAUUCAUGUUUGUUUUUUUUUUAUAACCUUGAAAAUCAUUCUAAUGUUCAGUUACAUUGUACUAUUAAAGGGCUUUAAGUUGUAAGUCUCAGAAAGACAUGAGAAGUGUUUAAAUUCUCUAUUUUUGUUGUUUGUUUUUGCUUGUAAGUUUUUGAGACAGGAUCUCACCAUGUAACUCUGGCUGGCCUGGGACUCAACUAUGUAGAUCAGGUAGACCUUAAACUGACAGAUCUGCCUGCACUUGCCUCCCAAGCCUUAGGACUGAAGAUGUGUGUCACCAUGCCCAGCUCUUCCUGGUUUUGUGUGUGGGUUUCUUUCCCACUGACUUGGUACAUGUGACAGACAUGUGGCAGAUGUGUGGAGUCUAUAGAGGUGGCCAGACAAAAAUGGCCAGAAUAUUUAUUUUUUUUUCUCGAAAGUUUUCCAAAUUAAAGCUACUUGGUGAACAGUUAAACUGGCCAGGACUGUAUGACAAAUAUUUGGUUUUCUUUGUUUUCCAUUUCUGUACCCUAUUUACUACAGCUCAAAAGAAACUGUAUGGGGGUUCAGACCUGUUAGCCAUCUGUCAAUCCAUAAUGUCCUGCCAGUACUUUCAGACAUCCUGUGACUGGCUCAGCUCUACUUUGUCUAUGUGAUGGGCUCUAUCUGUACCUUGUUUCUAGUUGAAGAGCUUCAACCCUACCAGUGUCUGUGAGGGUUUCUAGGGCUCAGUUCCCAGAAGUUAGUGACAUUUUAGCUUUUGAUUUCAGAUGACUUUGUUUCCAAGAAUGAAACAAACAUUUUCUCUUGUAGUCUUUAUUACACAUAAAGCACAAGACAUUGCAGAAUUGUUCUUUCCCCGAGACAGGAGUAUAGCGCGGGUUGAAGAUACAAAAAUCCAGCUUUCC